AUGACUAAUGGACUCUCAAACCCUCGAAAUCAUGCUUCUAGCUCGAGUGCAUCUACUAAAGCUGAAAAACGAAAAGAGUAUCAAAAAAGAUACUAUGCUGCACGCAAAGAAAAUAACAAAGUAUCUAAAUUUGGGAGUGGUGAUGCCCCCCAAAGUGCUUCAUCAAUAUCUUUAAUGAAUAAUAGGUCAACAGAAAGGACACCGUUAAGAAGUUUACAAACUAAUAUUACUCAAUUUCCACAAACAACAAAUGAGAACGCCUCAAGUGUUUCUACUACAAAAUGCAAGGAGUACAAUGAAGGAUGUUCUAAUACACCAAACGAUAAUGGAAUGCGUAUUUCAAAUGGCAGUCAAGUCAACCAAACCCCGAUAGAUGAUGUAAUUGACGUAGUCAGGCAUAGAACAUCACGAGGUAUUCAAAUUCAUCCGCGUACUUUAUUACCCCAAUUUGCUGAAGUAGUUGAUCAACCUUCCCUCCAACAUGGGAGCGUAGAAGAUGAUCCUUAUAAUUUUGUUUACAAUGGUGUACCUGGAGAGCAUCGUGUUUUAAAGGAACGAGGCGCAUGUCCUAAUUGUGGAGCAAAACGAUUUCAAUUUGAAUUUGAUACCUUUUGUUGUAUGAGUGGGAAAACCGUGUUAGCAAACUUAGAAAUUCCAGAGGAAUUGUACCGACUUUUCACGUCUCAAGAUGAAAUUGGAGAUUUGUUUAGGCAAAACAUCCGUGCUUAUAACACCAAUUUUUCUUUUGCCUCAAUGGGUGUGACAUUGGAUGAUACAUUGAACAAUAUGAGAGACGGCGUAUAUACUUUUCGUGCACAUAAAGGAAUAUAUCACAGAAUCGACCAAUUAGUUCCGAGGGAUGGGACUCCUAGGUACUUGCAGUUGUAUUUUUACGAUCCUGAUACUGAGUUAGAUCACAGACUCCGAUGGCCAAAUCUUGAUCGGCGUAUUACUCAGAUUUUAACACGCGUUCUUUCUACAAACCCAUAUGUCGAUACAUUUAGAAGACUUGCGGAACUAGGACCUCUGGACAACUAUAGAGUCACUUUGAAUACUUCGGUUGAACUUGACCAAAGGGUGUACAACCGACCAACGACAUCGGAGGUUGCUGGUAUUUGGGUUCAAGGUAAUGACAAUAUCAUUUCGUAUAAACGAAGUAUUGUAGUGUACGGUAGGUCUGAAUAUAGACAAACUAUUCAGCCGUACUUCAGUUGUUACGAUCCAUUGUCGUAUCCUUUAUUUUUUCCUAAUGGUGAGUCGGGUUGGCAUGCUAACAUACCACGUCAAGGAGUAUCAAUCAAUGAGGUUCGCAACAAUGACAACAUCGAAGGAGAAAUGGAAGAGGCUAAUACACGAAGUGGUAGAACAACCGUGGCUAUGCGAGAGUACUACUGUUACAAGUUCCAGAUUCGAUCUACCGAUAAUGUGCUUUUGUUCGGUGGUAGGCUGCUACAGCAGUUUGUGGUUGAUGUUUACAUCAAAAUUGAGACGUCACGCUUAGAAUUUUGUGAGAGAAACCAGGAUAAGAUUCGGGCCGAAUUGUACCAAGGUAUUGUGGAUUGCGUCAAUACUGGCGAGGUUCAUGCAAACAGAGUCGGGAAAAGAAUUGUGUUGCCUGCAUCUUUCAUCGGGGGGCCUCGCGACAUGCGACGUCGGUUUCUAGAUGCGAUGACGUUAGUUCAAGACGACGGCAAGCCUGAUGUAUUCCUUACAAUGACAUGUAAUCCUAAGUGGCCUGAGAUAUGUGAUAACUUACAUGUUGGUCAAACUGCUACAGAUCGUCCAGACCUUGUUUCAAGAGUGUUCCGGGCUAAAUUAGAAGAUCUUAAGGAUCAACUCUUCAAGAAACAUGUCCUCGGGGAAGUUAAGGCAUACGUCUAUGUCAUUGAAUUUCAAAAGCGGGGUUUGCCGCACGCACAUUUUCUCCUAAUCAUGUACCCGCAACACAAGAUCAAUAACGCGGACCAUUAUGAUAAGGUUGUGUGUGCUGAAAUUCCUAACAAGCUAACACAUCCCAGAUUGCAUGAGAUGGUUGUCAAGCACAUGAUUCACGGUCCUUGCGGCAAUUUACGAUCAAGCAGUCCUUGUAUGCAGGGUGAUCUUAAAAUUUGUCGUUUUCACUAUCCUAGACAAUUUAACGAACAGACGACACAAGGAGAAGAUUCGUAUCCGUUGUAUCGAAGGAGAGACACCGGGAUAGAAGUGGACCUACGAGGACAAACACUUGAUAAUAGAUGGGUGGUCCCAUAUAACCCAAGGCUUUUGAUGAUGUUUAACUGCCACAUGAAUGUUGAAGUUUGCUCAAGUAUAAAAUCUGUGAAAUAUCUUUUCAAAUAUGUUUAUAAAGGACAUGACAAACAGGUUAUUCAAGUCGAUCAAAGUGAGCCAGGGGUUGUUAUUAAUGAGAUAAAAAGAUUUCAAGAUGCACGCUACAUAUCGCCCCCAGAGGCUAUGUGGCGAAUUUUUUCCUUCUCUCUUUCUCAAAUCUUUCCUACUGUUCUAGCCUUACAACUUCAUCUCCCAAAUAAUCAGAUGGUUAGAUUUAGAGAUGAUGACUUGAUGCCUAAUAUUGUUGAUAGGGAAAGGGAUAAGAGAACCAUGCUAACAGCAUUUUUUGAUCAGAAUAGAAACGAUGAAACAGCAAGGGUACAUUUGAAUAAAGAUUUUCCAAAACACUUUACUUGGAAUGGAAGCACACGCCGUUGGAGUCGUCGUUUCGGUAAAAAACAAAGAGGUCGUAUCGUUUCCGCUAAUCCAGCCGAAGGAGAAAGGUACUACUUACGCCUACUUUUGUCAAAUGUCAGAGGGCCUACUUCUUUCGAACAUCUUUGCACAGUUAAUGGUCAACGGUGUGCGACAUUUCGGAAAGCAGCUCUUGAGUUAGGCUUAAUAGAAGACGAUGAAUAUCUAUCAUAA